CGUGCAACAUGAACGAAAGCGUCGAUUUCUACCCUCGUUGCAUGUCUUCUUAUCCUUAUCCAGCAAGUCCUUGCGCUUCGGUUUAAGGAUAGCUACCAAUGACAAUAAGUCAGUGGGUGGGUAUGAGUUACCCGGCCAUCCGCACCUCACGAGGUUCCGGUUGUGAUCAUCAGAAUGAAAAAAAACAAAUAUUCUUUUCCGUGCAGUGCGCUCCUUUGGUUGACCACCACCAGCACCAUCCUCUCAACCCAAUAACUGUUCAUUGUUAUCAGGGCUGUUAAAUGCAAUGCUUUCAAUUGAUUUGGCAGCACUAAUUGGCUUUGGUUGUGAAGCUGUCUUGUAUGGCUGUUAUUGUGUUCUUUUCGUCAUAUCAUGGGUAGUCUUGGGUCGAAAACGACCUUCACUAAACAUUAGUAACCCUGUUGUUUUUGCCAACUGUUUGCUCUUCUUGUGCUGCACUGCACAUUUUGCCCUCCAAUUCAAUCAUUUUUAUACAACUCUCGAGUCAACAGGAGUCAUUGGGUUUUCCACGGAGACUCCUGGUCUUACGGGCGCAGAUUUCCUUAUCUCGUUCACGGAUCUCGUCGGUGACCUGGUUCUCGUCUACCGCUGCUGGAUGCUUUGGGGUAAGAACUACUAUGUAGUCAUACUUCCCCUUCUUUCUGCCUUCGGUGGCUUCGCUUGUAUAAUGGAGGUACUCCACCUCGUCAUUACCACCAACCCCACCUCGCCCGCCCCUCCGGCUAGCAUAGUACCCCUGGGACUUGCAGGAUAUAUCAUGCCCCUUGCCACCAAUGUCAUCGUCACCACUCUCAUAGUUUACCGCAUCUGGUUCUCCUCCCGUAUCGUGAGGGAAUCCCCAGUGCACAUCGGCCAAAGCGCCUCCCGUCACGCGAUGAUGCUCAUCAUCGAGAGUGGUGCGCUCUAUCUCGUAACACAAUUCGUGUUCGUCGUACUCUUCGCGAUCAGCCACCCUGCAGAAGGCAUCAUGGCGGUGAUUGCCACCCAAGUAUACGUGAGUAGGACCCAAAUCUGGACCUUGUCUAAUUUCCGCUCGCUGAUUCCUCACAGGGCAUCGCACCUACCCUCAUUAUUAUUCGGGUUGGUUUGGGAAUUUCAUCAGAGCAUACCACCAAGGCAAUCACGUCCACUCGUAUCGAAUGGAUCGCGCGCCGUGGGAAUGACACAGGCACUUCGGGUACUCAGUUCACUGUUGAUCGUAGCAUGACCGAGACCGAUAUGGAUGUUCGGAUGAAAGACUUCGAUCUCACCCACAUGAAGGGACACGACGAAAUCGAGAUUGCGGAGGUUGAGUUGGCGCCUGUGAGCACUUACG